CUGUGUCCCGCCUCCCCUUCUGCUCCCUUCAACCGCUCACCGUCAGACUCAGUGUGACUGACGUGAGGAAAAGCCUGUCGCAACGCUCGAAGGGGAAGUCGUGUUUCAAAGGAAGGAAAAAACGAACAGGCAAUGGAGUAGUUAGCCCUUGGGUUGUUGAGGGCCCUUGGAAGAGAAGAAAACCUGUCUUCCGGAGGCGGAGCCUCGGGCGGAGGCUGUUCUUAUUUGGCUGAUGGCUUUGCGGGUGCUGCAGAGGCUUUGGGUGCUGAGAAUGGGGAACAAUGCAUCUGCUACUACAGCGAUAUCUAAUACUGCUAUAACAAACCAAAUAAAAGAUACUAUAUCAGAUAAUUGUGUUGUGAUCUUCUCAAAAAGCACGUGUUCCUACUGUAAAAUGGCAAAGAAACUAUUUCAAGAAAUGAAUGUGAAUUAUAAAGCCAUAGAACUUGAUCGAUAUGAAAACGGAAAUCAUUUUCAGGAUAUCCUUCAUCAAAUGACAGGCAGCCGGACAGUUCCCAGAAUAUUUAUCAAUGGAAACUUUGUCGGAGGUGCUACAGAUACGCAGCAACUUCACAGGGAGGGUAAACUCCUUCCAUUAGUUUAUCAAUGCCAGAUCCAAAGAGAGAGAAACUCAGUACAUUCAUCUGGUUUUCCUUGAUUUUUUAAAUAAAAUGUGACAAUCUUUAAUUUAUAAACCCAGAUUUCACUUUAGCAACCUAUCUGUACAAAAAUGCUUCAGUAACUUUGAAUUGUCCCAAAAUAUAUUGGCCAUUAAAUACAUAGGUUGAAACAGUACAGGGGUUCCUGGUAGAAAACUAAGAAGCUAGGCACACAAGUGCUACAAUAAACCUUAUCAUAUUAAAUUAAUUCUGGAAACUAAGUUUAAGAGCUAUGCCAACUGCACGGAAACAUAUAGCAAUACUUCCCAGGAUGAUUUUGGCAUACCUAUGAGCACCUCCACAGUAAUCAGCUAUAUUGUUUGUGUGUGCCCCCUUUCUUUCAAGAAAUUGGGCAUUGGCAAGUUGGUAUAGCAAACAGAAAAAGUGAAGAGAGACUUGGACAAUACAAAAUCAGCAGAUGGAAUGCUGGAAAUAAGACACUGGGAUGCAGAUAAAGCAGUCAUUGGCAAGGGAGAAGCUGAACUCAGUUAUUUCCUUCUCUUCAACAUAUCUCCUCCUUUUUAUUUGCUCCCUCUCAUCUUGGAGCUUGAACUUCUGGUUAGCUGCAGCAAAUGAAUCUUUAUGCAGUUAAAUACAAAGAAGGCCUCUGCCUCUUUUUAAAGAUUUAUAGAAAGGGAAUGCCAGCACAUUGGCAAAAAGUAGCUCUGGAGAAAGCAGAGAAUAUAGAUUGAAUAAGCCAUUUUGGAUGAGAUAUAUACUAGUUUUAUAUAUGCUGAAGUUCUACUUUAUUUGUACCUCUACUUCGCUUGAACCUACAUGUAUACAACUGAAGUUUUCACUGUCAAUUUACUAGUCUUUGUGCUUAGCAAGUACAAUUCUGUAAAAUCGGUGUUCAUUCUCAGUAGACACCAUCCCUGCCCUUUUCCCAGUUUAAAUAUGUCCAAGCUAAUCUAUCCUUGCCUGAUUAAUAUUACAGUUUAUUUUGACAGUGUGUCAGAAUCACCCUUUAACAACAAAAAACAUGAAGGACUUUGGAAUUAGGUAUCUAAUUCUAAUUAGGUAAAAAGCACAUCAUCAGCUAUAUGUAGCAGAUGCUAGUAAAUUAUUUACAGAUGGGUGAAUGUUUUCAAAAUUGUUCUUGUCCAAAGUGACAAGAAUUUUUUGUAAAUGUAUGUCUAGAUUGUUAAAUGACACAUUAUCAAAGCUGCUUGAAAACAUGACCUCUUUGUGGCUUGCAAUUGGAUUGAUGUUUAUGAAAUGGUACUUUAUGGGUAUAUGAAAAAAAGGAUUGUGACUUAAUGUUUCUCUUUGUGUAAUAUAUUUGCAUUAAAUAGUACCAAAUAUUAGAAUUUUACAUCCAUGUGUUAUGAUUAACUGCAUUAUAAGCUGCAUGCUUAUGUUAUAAAGAACCAGAGUGGUUUUUUGAUUUCUACUUUUCAGUCAAAUAUUAUAUCCUAAAACAUUUACAAAUU